ACUCCUCCCCGCCCCCAGUGACACAAUAGCAGCUCCUUCCAAGAUGGCGGCGGCGACGGCAGACCCGGGGGCUGGGAACCCGCAGACUGGGGACUCCUCCGGUGGGGAUGCAGGGGGCGGGCUACCGUCACCCGGGGAGCAGGAAUUGAGCCGGCGCCUGCAGCGCUUGUACCCUGCUGUCAAUCAGCACGAAACGCCACUGCCGCGAUCCUGGAGCCCCAAGGACAAGUACAACUACAUCGGCCUCUCCCAGGGAAACCUCCGGGUCCACUACAAAGGUCAUGGCAAAAACCACAAAGACGCAGCCUCGGUGCGUGCCACCCACCCCAUCCCUGCCGCCUGCGGUAUUUACUAUUUUGAAGUGAAGAUUGUCAGCAAAGGAAGAGAUGGGGGAUGCUUCAUAGAAGAGAUGGCGACGGACCGUGGGAAGCGCAUCUGGAAUGCUCAAGGUGAACAAAGUGAGGAGCAGAAAGGUUGGGACAAACAUUCCUAUGGUUACCAUGGCGAUGAUGGACAUUCCUUCUGCUCCUCGGGGACAGGCCAGCCCUAUGGUCCCACAUUCACCACAGGGGAUGUGAUUGGCUGUUGUGUCAACCUCAUCAAUGGCACCUGCUUCUACACCAAGAAUGGCCACAGCCUUGGUAUAGCCUUCACAGAUCUCCCGGCCAACCUCUACCCCACCGUAGGCCUGCAGACACCUGGGGAGAUUGUGGAUGCCAACUUCGGGCAGCAGCCGUUCCUGUUCGACAUUGAGGACUAUAUGCGGGAGUGGCGCGCCAAGGUCCAGGGCACUGUCCACGGCUUCCCCAUCAGUGCCCGGCUUGGCGAGUGGCAGGCGGUGCUGCAGAACAUGGUCUCUUCUUAUCUGGUGCAUCAUGGGUACUGUGCCACAGCCACUGCUUUUGCCCGAAUGACUGAAACCACGAUUCAGGAAGAACAGGCGUCCAUAAAGAACAGACAAAAAAUCCAGAAGCUGGUGCUGGAAGGCCGGGUGGGCGAAGCCAUUGAAACAACCCAGCGCUUCUACCCUGGGCUGCUGGAGCACAAUCCCAACCUGCUCUUCAUGCUCAAGUGUCGGCAGUUCGUGGAGAUGGUGAAUGGCACCGACAGUGAGGUCCGCAGCUUGAGCUCGCGAAGCCCCAAGUCCCAGGACAGCUACCCUGGCUCCCCCAGCCUCAGCCCCCGACACGGCCCUGGUAGUUCCCACAUGCACAGCACAGGAGCAGACAGUCCCAGCUGCAGCAAUGGCGUUGCAUCCACCAAGAACAAACAGAACCACAGUAAAUACCCCGCACCCAGCUCCUCUUCCUCAUCCUCGUCCUCCUCGUCCUCCUCUUCCCCGUCCUCCAUCAAUUACUCCGAGUCCAACUCAACAGACUCCACCAAGUCCCAGCCCCACAGCAGUACCAGUAACCAGGAGACCAGCGACAGCGAGAUGGAGAUGGAGGCAGAACAUUACCCCAAUGGCGUGUUGGAAAGCAUAUCCACGCGCAUCAUCAAUGGUGCCUACAAGCACGAAGACCUGCAGACAGAUGAGUCCAGCAUGGACGAUGGGCAUCCGCGGCGGCAGCUCUGCGGGGGCAACCAGGCUGCCACAGAAAGGAUCAUCCUGUUUGGCCGAGAGUUGCAGGCAUUGAGCGAGCAGCUGGGCCGAGAGUACGGCAAGAAUUUGGCCCACACGGAGAUGCUGCAGGAUGCCUUCAGCCUACUCGCAUACUCAGACCCCUGGAACUGCCCCGUUGGCCAUCAACUUGAUCCCAUUCAGAGGGAGCCUGUGUGUGCUGCUCUCAACAGCGCCAUUUUAGAGUCCCAGAACCUGCCAAAGCAGCCUCCUCUGAUGCUCGCCCUGGGCCAGGCAUCUGAAUGUCUACGGCUCAUGGCCCGAGCAGGCCUGGGAUCUUGUUCUUUUGCCAGAGUUGAUGACUACUUGCACUAGCUGACCUUCCUGGCUGGCUCUGGCUGGCCAUCCUUCAGCCCUAGGGCUGGAGCAACCCUGCCCUCCAGAGGCACCUGGUACAGAGACCUGGAAGCCGUGGGCAGAGUCCCACUCCUCCUACCUGGCCGGUCUUCCCUCCCUCCCUCCCUCCCUCCCUCCCUCCCUCCCUCUCUCCCUCUCUCCAUCCCUCCCUUCCUCCUUCCCUUGUCCUUUCCUUCUUCUUUCCUUCUUUUCCUUCUCCCUUCCACGUGCAGCGGCCUGUGACACAGUAUUGGCUGGUUACUCAUGUAGCGGCUUCUCCUUUAAAGGAGAUUUUGUUUUGAGGAGAGGUUGGGUUUUUUGUUGUUGUUGUUGUUGUUUUUUUUUUAAUCUUGUUUUUUUUCCUCCUGACUGAGCCACCAGUGUUUAUCUCGGGAGAGUUUGUGCUGAGCUGGUUUCUGCUAAUUUAGUACUGAAGCCUAUCCAGGUUGAUGAUAGCUUAUUAUUUUCAUAAGUAAAAAAACAAACAAACAAAUGAGAUUAUAUAUAUAUAUAAAUAUAUAUAUAUUAAAAAAAGACACAGUAUUUAUCGUAGCACUAGUGGUCCAGCACCUCUUGGGUGAGGCUGUCCAGACACCAUGUGUUUUUAUUUGAGUCCAACUCAUUAAAAAAGAAUCAUCUCUUGUCACUUCAAUCAAGUGAUUUGUUUAUUUUAGGCUCCCUUUUUGUUGGGCCACAGGUCCAGCUGAGGUUGCUUGGUGGGCAAGGUCAGGCUAAGCUGCUUUGCAGCAUCCCAAGAGGUGUGGGUCUCUAGGCCCCUUAUAGGUAGACAAAACACAGAACUGCAGGUUCGGGGAUUCAGGGACGUGAGGUGGCACAGGAGCACACAGCGAAGCAAGGGAACACAGGGUCUGUAGCCAGCACGCUGUCUACCACUCCACCCUGCCUCACUGCCUGCCUUGCCCCUCUCUCCCAUCUCAGUGCCCUGCCUUCCCUUGUUGUUAAGAUGGCCAAAUAAUUCAUUACUCUCAGUUGAAUGCCUGGAAACUACCUGCCUUCAACCCAAGAGCUGCUGUAUGCCAGGCUGCCAAGAGGAAGACUCCGUUCCCAGGACAGAGGCCCUUAACGACAGGCUGGCUGCUUUCCUCCUGCCUGGGUCUGCAUCACUGCCCAGCUCUGAUGGGAUUGAUGUUUCCUGUGGAGAAGUUGGUACCUCGUGGAGGCUGGUUCUUGGACCACUGGUCCAGAGUGGAUGGAACCUUUGGCUUCCUGGUCCAGAUUUCCCUACAGCUAUGGGAGGCUGCUCCCUACAGCUUGGCCCCAGCGACUCCUAGGAAGAGGAGACUCCAUGGGCCUUACAAAUGCCCCACCAACUGUUUCACAUGGAUCCUCACAGCUGGUGGAGCAACAACAAAAACCCCACCACCACAGGGCUGAGAUGCUUCCGGGAUGUGGGUAGGCCAUCCAUGGAGGGGACUGUCUGCCAAGGAAGAGGAGGGGCUGUGGAGAGGAGACCUGGAAGGGCACUGGUCUCUUUACCUGCUUCACAGGGUGAGUGAAAGGCCCAGGCAGCCUCUGCAAAGAGAAGGCAGAGCCACAAGUGGGCUUCCAGUCCCUGUCUGCGUCUGCAUCUGGGCUGGGUGAGCUCAUGUUCUGCCAGUGGACACAGAGAUCAGUGGGAGAGCUUGAGAUAUUCUGUGCCUGCCAGGCUUCACCAGGCUCACAGCUGGACAAAAAUGAAUUAAGCCAGCUGUCACGAGCCAGGGCCCUGACUGACACCUUCCAGAAAUUUGGUUUGAGGGCUACUACAUUUUCUUGGUUCCUGACAGGGCCUUAGUUAGCAGCUUGUUAGGAGGUCUUGUCCUGUGUAAAGGAAAUUUCAUCCUGUCGAAGGCUGGAAUACCCAAGCUCCAAACUCAGGUUGGAAAUAUCAGGCUGUUACAGUGGUCGUCUUCACGUUUGGAAAUGAAAUCCAGUGGCAUUUGCAGAGCAGUGGAGUUUAGAAAACAUCCCCACCAGUACUCUUCUUUGCCAGUUAAAGAAACAGGCCCAGGAGAUUAAGUGACUUGACCAAAGUCACACAGCAAAUAGUGGCACAGUCAGAACUAACUAUUUGUAUGGGUUCGACAGUCUUGUCUAGACCUAAAUCAAAAUGGCAGAUGAGCUUUGUGAGGGGUUAGGUUGGCAUGACUUCAGCAGUGCCUGAGCAGCAGGGACCUUUAGGAGUGUGACAAGGGUGGGGAUGGGUGCUUAGACUUGGGUUGUGGAGUGGCUGAGAGGGCCUUGGAGGGCUCGGGACUGCUGUGUGCUGUAUGGGGUUGUGUGUCUCUCUGGCUCGCUCUCAGUACCCAUGGCCACCUCCCCAUUUUCUGUGCCUUAUCUCACUGUUUCAGCUGAGUCCAAGUUGUUUACUCGGUUCCUCUCCAGAGGGGUUCCCUGUCCUAGUUGGACAGCUCACUUUGGGGACAUAAGCCUUUGCCCCACAAGCUGUGGGGAGGGCCAAAAUCAAGCUGCUGGAGCCAGUUGUUAGUCCAGUCCUGCUGCCAGAGGAGCCCCAUAUGUACCUCCAAUCCUCCUAGCCUGGAGUGGGAAUAGUUUCUUGGCUACAGCUUAGUAAGGGGCUGGACCUGACCCUUGUAGGCAGGAAGAGGACCUGGUUGUGUUGGGUUCCAGCCCUUGGUGAGCAGCAUUCCCUACUCACCUUCCCUUUGUGGCACCAGGUGGUAGCUCCUUGCAGAGCAAGGACCAAGCUGACAGAUCCCCACUCCUUCCUAUGUGGGUCUGUGGCUGGGUCUAGGCUGGCAGAACAAGAAUAUUACAACAAGCUAGGGAAGUGAGGACUGCCUGGCUACCCAGCCCUUAAGCACAAAAAAGAGAUGAGGCAGAGGACUGUUGGGGUUGAACGUUCCUUUGGUUGCUCACAACUCAGGUAUGCAUGUCAUUUGGCAGCUGGACAUCAGAGCCCUACUUCAACACCAAUCGCAGGCAUUUGGACCUGUGGCCAGAUGGUGGCUUCUGGCUGUCCGCAGCGCCCACCUCUUCACAUAGGCCCCCUCCAUUCUCAACUCCAGCUGAAACAGGCGUCCUCCACAUUGUGCACACUGGUUCUGCCUUUGUCCUUGCAAGUUGAUAUUCAGCAUUAGCAUGAAAUUUGUGGUGGGAGAGGGUUGACAGAAUUCUAACACAAACAUCCUAUUAAAUUGUACUUGAGAUGAAAAAAAUUCCUGUUGUAUUUUGACAGAAUUAUUUUUAUUAAAAUACACAUCCAUGAGCAA